AUGGCGAAGGGAGCUACUACGCUGAGAGUGGGGUCUUGGAACAUAGGAAUUUUGACUGGAAAAUCUGUAGAGUUAGGAAAGAUUCUUGAGAAAAGGAAGAUUAAUAUAGCUUGUGUACAUGAGACUAGGUGGGAAGGUGAUAAGGUGCGUGAUAUAGACAAGUUCAAACUAUGGUAUUCUGGGAGGGUGGGUGGAAGGAACAAGUUAUGUAUCUUGGUUGAUGAGGACCUCCGUGAACUAGUGGUGGAGGAUAGGAGGGUGAAUGACAGGCUAAUGACUAUUAAUCUAGUUGUUGGAAGUUUUACUUUGAACAUAAUCAGUGCGUACGCACCCCAAGCAGGCUUGUAUGAGGAAGUCAAGAGGCGUUUCAGGAAGGAUUUGGAUGAGAUGGUGCGUGGUAUCCCUCAUACCGAGAAGUUUUUCAUAGGAGGAGAUUUUAACGGCCACAUUGGAGCGACGUCUGAGGGGUAUGAUGAUGUGCAUAGUGGCUUUGGUUUUGGAGAUAGAAACGGAGGAGGAACGUCUCUGCUGGACUUUGCUAGAGCAUUUGAUUUGGUGAUAGCAAACUCAAGUUUCCUGAAUAAGAGGGAGCACUUGGUCACCUUUCGGAGUUUGGUGCCUGAGACUCAGAUUGAUUAUUUACUCUACAGGAAGUCUGAUAGAAGUCUUUACACGGAUUGCAAGGUCAUCCUGAGUGAGAACCUCUCGACCCUUCAAAGGCUCCUGGUCAUGGAUCUUGAGAUCAUGAGGAAGAGGAGGAAGAGGGAGAUGUAUAACCAAUAUAGUAUCAAGUGGGGAGCCUUGACGGAAGAUAAAGCGCAAGAGUUGGGGGUCAAGCUGUUGACUAUGGGGGUUUGGAGGAGUAGUGGGAACGCUAGCGCUAUGUGGACCACGACUGCGCAAUACAUUAGGGAAGCUGCAAGAGAGAUUAGAGUUGAUGGAGUUGAGGGGGCUAUGCGUAAGAUGAGCAGGGGCAAAGCGACCAGGCCAGAUGAAAUCCCAGUGAAAUUUUGGAAGAGUACGGGCAAGGCGGGCUUGGAAUGGCUCACUAGUUAA